CACAAACAGUGAGGAACUGCUUUGCUGACAGACUAUCCUACACAGUAGCGCCUCUCUAGAAAGGAACAGAAGCAGAGUGGCUGCAGUACUUUUGAACAUUCUUACGGCUUGUAUCUCCUCGUUAGCGCCUCUCAGUCAGAUGUUACUAGCACAUUGUUAACUUGUAAAAAGAAGGCACCACAGGCUAUGAAAGAACAGCAGGAGCAGAAAGGCUCGCUGUACAGAGUCAGACCGAGAAGUAGACGGAGAUGGCUAGAGCAGACACCCACCCUCUUCUCAACUCUUCUCUUCCUCUUCUUUUUACUCUCCUCUCCCUCUCUUGCUCAGGACACGAGCUCUGAUUUAGUUGAGUAUGAUUGUGUAUAUACCAACAGUACAGUCCCCUCUUGUUCAUCAGUCUGCUCCCAGACUUGCUUCUACUCGCUGCUACCAGCCACUUGUAGCCCAGAGGGCAAUGAUUUAGUUUACGAGAGCAUCAGCAGACCAGACAGUACUGGCCCAUCUGUCAUGUUCGAUGAUGCAUAUAAUGUACCUCAAUCAGUGCUGGAGAGUUUAUCGCCAUCCAACUUAUUCUUAAACCCAUUCACACUCUCAAUGUGGGUAUACCCCAUGGGAGAAAUAGCUGACAACUCAAGUGUUCUAAUCCAAAUUGAGUCUAUGGAUGUAGAGCUGACUUUAUACGUUGAUUCAAGAUGGCUACUAAUCACCAACAGUUCCUCUAUUUCAACAAUGAACUCUUACAAUACCACACACAGACUCAACCUUCACCAAUGGACUCAUCUUACAGUAAUUGCUAGUGAGCAAGAUGAGCUACUCAUUGCUGUUAAUAACUUGUUAUUGAACACUUCUUUGACUAUUGAUCCAAACAGUGAUGAGCCCAUUAGCAUAUCCCUUGCUGGGGAUGUAAGUGGUGACUAUCAUUUUCCUGGCUUGAUGUCUGAUGUUGGCGUGUUCUCUAAUUCCCUCUCGGCUUCUCAAGUCUCAAUUCUUGCCGGUGGUUUUACUCCUCCCGAGUUUCUUCCUCAGUGUCUCUGUAGGGAAGGAUUAGAGUCUGAGCUUUGUGAUGGCUCUUUGAGGUACCGUAUUAAUUCGCAUCCUGUUGAAUUCAUUACCGAUAAUAAUGUCUCUACUUAUUGGGAGUCCAGUAAUUCAUCAGUCACUGUCUCUCUUGGGCUAGCAACAGUCACGAGUCUCUCUAAGAUUUUUCUUGAUUUUAGAGACUUUUCUCCAGCUGCUCUUCGCCUCCAGUACCUCAUGGAGCCCACUAAAGUGUGGAAUGAUAUUCAGUUUUAUGCAAGGGACUGUAGUACCAGUUUUGGACAAGAAGAAAGUAACAGUGUUAACAGCAUCAGUUCAGUGAUCUGUCAGGCAAUAUCAUCCAAUGAUACAAGUCUAGCGUUUUAUGUAACUGCUAAUGGACGUGACAAUUUUUCAGCCGAGAGUUUAAGUUCCACUUUUAAUGCAUCACAAAUUCGCCUAGUCAUUCAAAGUACCUCAAUGGAGAUGAUACGUUUGGAAAGAGUACAAGUUUGUAGCAACUUUGAAACAAAUCUGAAUACAUUACCUUCUUGUAUGGCUCUCAUUAGCAGUAGUUCCUCUUAUUCAUUCGAUGCAACUAGAUCUAGCAGUGAUGUCUUGUUUACCAUGGAAUCUGUUGAUUCAGCAACUGAAACACUUGCACUUGAUUCUUCGAUGAUCAUUUCGUCUGUUCGCUCGUCUUCAUUUUUAAACCUCGUCUCAUCCAGUGAGUCUCUUGUUAUAAGCACAUCUGGAGCUGAAUCAAUAUUCCCUUCAUCAACACAAUCAGUUAUGAACAUUGAAGAUAUAAGCUCUUCCCCGUUUGCCUUAACCACAUCAAAUGUAGUGCUCACACAGUCUUCUUCACUAGAGCAAGCUGCUAUAUCUUCUAGCGACUUAUUAAUGUCAGAGUCUAACGUUAUGAUCACUUCAUCUGAGACUUUUGUAUUUUUAUCUUCUGUUGAUGUUGCUCCUUCUAGUCAGUCAUCAACGAGUUCUCUGGUUUUGGAAUCGACUCAAGAGUUAGUCUCUCAGUCUCCUUCUGUGGAGGCUGCUACUACUCCUUCUCUUUUUUUUUCUACUGAGUUAACUGCUUCUUUGUCUCUUUCAGGGUCUAUAAUGAUUCCAUCUCCAUCUCCUUCAGAAGAUGUAGCAAUAGAAUCUUCUCUAAGUCUUGCUUCCUCAAUAGUUUUAAUGACAUCAUCUAUUGAGACAGGAGUGGCUUCAGACAUCCUGUCUGUUUCUGACAUGCUGUCUUUUAACUUUACAUCUGCAAUAGUCUCAUCAGAACUUCUUUUAUCCUCUAGUGAUGAUUUGAUAGUGUCUCCAUCUCCUUCAAGGGUCAUUACAACAAGUGAAGUGGUACUAACAUCUUCAGAUGUUUCUUUAUCUUCUUCAGAUAAUGACAUGAACUUCGUCUCAGUUUUUAUUAGUUUUUUAGCUUCUUCUACAGAAGUUUCUUCAUCUGUUUUUGACAUAACAUCUUCUUCUGUAGUUCCUUCUUCGUUCGUAACUCUGACACAAUUUCCCAGUUCAUCUUCAACUCUAGAAAUGACAUCAUUUUUGGACACUGAAGGAUUUGGUAUGGCAACAAUUUCAGAGCAAACCUCAACACUGCAGCUACCAACCAUUGAAGCAACCUCAAGUGGAGAAAUACCAUCAUCAACCAUUGAGGUAUCUUCAACUGAAGAUAUAGAACUAUCGCCAUCAUUAAGCAUUGAAGCAACAUCAUCGUCUAAUGAAGGAAUAGAACUAACACCAUCUUUAACCAUUCAGCUAACAAGCAUUGAAGCAACAUCAAGUGAAGGCAUUGAAGAAACUCCAUCCUUAAGCAUUGAAGCAUCUUCAAUAGAGUUGACGUCAUCUUUGAGCAUUGAAGCAACCUCAAGUGAAGGCAUUGAAGAAACUCCAUCCUUAAGCAUUGAAGCAUUUUCAAUAGAGUUGACGUCAUCUUUGAGCAUUGAAGCAACCUCAAGUGAAGGCAUUGAACUAACAAUUGAGGUAUCCUCAACACAAGAGAUAGAAUUCACAUCGUCUUUUGACAUUGUAGCAACCUCAUCUGAAAGUAUAAAACUAACACAAUCUUUAAGCAUUGAAGCAACCUCAACUGAAAACCUAGCCUCACCUUCAAUUUUUGAAGUUUCUUCAUCAGAGGAAAUAGAAGCUACACUAUCUUUUACUAUUGAAGUAUCUUCAUCUCUAGAGAUUGAGUCCACAUCACCUUCAAUCAUUGAAGUUUCUUCAUCUCCAGAAAUUGAGCCCACAUCAUCUUCAAUCACUGAAGUAUCUUCAUCUCCAGAAAUUGAGCCCACAUCAUCUUUAAUCAUUGAAGAAUCUUCGUCUUUAGAGAUUGAGCCCUCAUCAUCUUUAAUCCUCACUGAAGUAUCUUCGUCUCCAGAAAUUGAGCCCACAUCAUCUUCAAUCAUUGAAGUUUCUUCAUCUCCUGAGAUUGAGCCCACAUCAUCUUUAAUCAUUGAAGAAUCUUCGUCUUUAGAGAUUGAGCCCACAUCAUCUUUAAUCCUCACUGAAGUAUCUUCAUCUCCAGAGAUUGAGCCCACAUCAUCUUCAAUCAUUGAAGUAUCUUCAUCUCCAGAGAUUGAGCCCACGUCAUCUUCAAUCACUGAAGUUUCUUCAUCUCCAGAGAUUGAACCCACAUCAUCUUUAAUCAUUGAAGAAUCUUCGUCUUUAGAGAUUGAGCCCACGUCAUCUUUAAUCCUCACUGAAGUAUCUUCAUCUCUAGAGAUUGAGCCCACAUCAUCUUUAAUCAUUGAAGAAUCUUCGUCUUUAGAGAUUGAGCCCACAUCAUCUUUAAUCCUCACUGGAGUAUCUUCAUCUCUAGAGAUUGAGCCCACAUCAUCUUCAAUCAUUGAAGUAUCUUCAUCUCCAGAGAUUGAGCCCACAUCAUCUUUAAUCAUUGAAGAAUCUUCGUCUUUAGAGAUUGAGCCCACAUCAUCUUUAAUCCUCACUGAAGUAUCUUCGUCUCCAGAAAUUGAGCCCACAUCAUCUUCAAUCAUUGAAGUAUCUUCAUCUCCAGAGAUUGAACCUACAUCAUCUUUAAUCCUCACUGAAGUAUCUUCAUCUCCAGAGAUUGAGCCCACAUCAUCUUUAAUCAUUGAAGUAUCUUCAUCUCCAGAAAUUGAACCCACAUCAUCUUUAAUCAUUGAAGAAUCUUCGUCUUUAGAGAUUGAGCCCACAUCAUCUUUAAUCCUCACUGAAGUAUCUUCAUCUCCAGAAAUUGAGCCCACAUCAUCUUUAAUCAUUGAAGUAUCUUCAUCUCCAGAAAUUGAACCUACAUCAUCUUUAAUCCUCACUGAAGUAUCUUCAUCUCCAGAGAUUGAGCCCACAUCAUCUUCAAUCAUUGAAGUAUCUUCAUCUCCAGAAAUUGAGCCCACAUCAUCUUCAAUCAUUGAAGUAUCUUCAUCUCCAGAAAUUGAACCCACAUCAUCUUCAAUCAUUGAAGAAUCUUCAUCUCCAGAAAUUGGGCCCACAUCAUCUUUAAUCACUGAAGUAUCUUCAUCUCCAGAAAUUGGGCCCACGUCAUCUUUUAUCAUUGAGGUAUCUUCAACUGAGGUAAUACAGUCAUCAUCUAUUGAAGUAUCUUCGUCUGAAGAGAUUGAGCCAACACCAUCUCCAACCAUUGCCAUAUCUUCAUCUGAAGAGAUAGAACCAACAACAUCUUUAGUCCUCUCACCCUCUCCCUCUUCUACUUUUAGUUUCAUAUCAGUUUCAGUUACUCCCACUGUCACUAUAAAUGAAGGAUUUGGAGUUAUAUUGGAAGAGCCUCAAAAAAUUGAGAGCAAUGACAAUUUGAUGUAUAAUUUUAGCUUUGGUUUAUUUGGCAUUAAACUAGCAGGUGAAGAUGCUUCUUCCAUUACAGUUCAAAUUGGCAAUUUCUCAGUACAAGAAUCCUUCACUCAAAGCCUUCAGACAAUUAAAAGUAUUACUGGUGCUCUUUCUACUCAUAGCCUCUGGCCAGACCAACCGUUAUUGACAGUGUUGGUACAAGCACGGGACAUGUUUGAUAACACAUUAGUAGGAACAUUUUCCCCUCUCAUCAUUACAGCAGAGCACAGUACUUUAGGAUUGAUGGAAUUUUAUGAGUGUGAAUCAUUGCCAGUGGUUUCUAGUGGUACCUGUACUGCAAUGAUUGGCAUUGAUGAUGAUUGGUUUAUUAGCAAUGAGAUCUCUUUUGUUACUUUUACCAUUGAAAUCAAUGAGACUAUUUUUACUAUAGGCUCAGUUGAACUACACUCACCUCCUUCAAUUAGUUUAACAAAUAGUUUAUACAUUCAGCUACCUCAGACUCCUCUAAUGCCUGGCGGGUCUGCUUCACUCUUCAUCAAAUCAUCUUACAACUAUUCAAUAUUUGGCUUUAAUAUUGACUGUAGACUUGAAGGAGGAGGAGAAGGAGAGAAUGCUGCAUUUAUCUCACCUCGUUCACCACAAGAGUACAGUCUAUUGUAUGAAUACUAUCAAGACCAGAGGGAUAGGAUAGCAUUAAGCGGAUUCAGAAAUAGAAACCAGUUCAGUACUGCCCUGGUCAAUAGGACACUAGGAGAUCAGACAUUAGUUACUUUCAAUCUUUCAAAUAUUUCUGAGAAUUAUGAUAUUAGCUGUUAUAGUAAAGGAUUGAGCCUUACUACCAGACUUGUAUUAGUCCCAGUACAAGCAAGUACUAGACUACCUGUACUGAUGAUAUCAAGGGAUGGCAAUGCAAGUGAAGUAGGAGAAAUAUUACAUCAAGAGAAGAGAGUUGCUGCAAUACUUCCUUAUGCACACCACAACACCUUCCUUAACAUAGCAACUGUCAAUGGAUCUAGACAGGAUCUAGGAGCAAUAAAAGCAAUAGCUUUGUACAAUGAUGGAACCUUUGAUGAAACAAGCAGUCUCGCCUGCACUAGCUUGGAUAAGGAUGCCAUCCAAGUUGAGAGUGAUUGCUCUAACAUUUAUUUUAACGGCUCGGAGACGGAUGGUAUUGAUGCUAAUAUUACAGUGCGGCAUGCUGCCCUCAAUGAUUAUUCUUCACUGCUGGUAAGAGUUUGGAUAUUGAGGCAAAACACAAUUGCAAUUAGUUUAAAAGAUUCUGUGCUUAACGCAACAGGGACUUGCAAUAACAGCACCUUUUAUCAGACUAGUGAAGUUAGUCUGCAAGGGAUUAUUAGACACAAUGCACAAAUGCACACUGUCGUAGUAACUCCUGUACUAAAGCACUUACUAACAACUGUUAAUGCUAGUAUUGCAAUAGUGGAUGAUACACGUGUAGUUGGUCAAAGCCCAGGGACUACUGGUCUGUGUCUUGGUAGCAGUUGUACAAAUGUAACUGUUUCUAAUGAGUUUGCUUCUCCUUUGUAUCUCAGCCUUUUCCCUUUCUCAAGUCUCACAAUUAAUCUAGAUAGUCUUAGCAUUGAUCCAGAACAGGCUCAAAUUGGUUUGAUCAGCGUAGGCCAAGAGUUCCAUUAUCGGUCUCAACCAGUUUUCAUAAACACUUUACUAGUGUAUGAGGAUGAUAGUGCAAUAGACAUUGACACUAGCAGUGAAUUGUAUCUAAGUGUAAGUGAUAAUCAAAUAUAUGAUAGAUUAUACUUUAUACAAGAUGGAGAUGAUGAAACCAUGCCUGUAAUUGGAGGAACAUGGAGCCAAUGCAGCGAGACUGUUUCUGGUUCCGUAGCUAUUAAUAUCAGUCUUUACUCACCACUUAGCAUAUUAAUUGAUGCAAUCACAUUAACUAUGGCACCAAGGAAUGAUCCAUUAGUAGUGUUAGGCUAUGCUCAGUCAGACUCACUGCUCACUCUCAUUGCUGAGUAUGAGGAUCCUGACUAUGAUGGACCAAUCACUAGUAAUGCUACUUAUAAUGUAACGGUCAAUGAUACUUCAGUCCUUACUUUUAGUACUGACGCUAAUGGGAGCAUCACUCUAUAUCCAGUCCAGCAAGGAUAUGCUAUUGUACAGGUCUAUGUGUUUGAGUAUGAUCUUAGCUCCAGCAUUAAUGUUACUGUUCUAGAAAGUGAGCCACAAAUCAGGUUUUUACUAAACACUAAUUCAUCAGAAAUGCCUGUUAAUACUAUACAGCACAUUGCUAACACCCAGCACUAUCAGGAAGUGAGGGCUGAAGCAAUCUUAAACAUAUUUCUGACUAAUACAACUCAGAUAGUCACUAAUGCAAUCUUUACUAGUGGCAAUGAUUCUAUACUCCAGCUUAAUGGAAACACAGUUUCUGUUAAUGGAGUCUUAAGCAUUGAUCAAAAUGUAAAUAUCACAGCUACCUUAAAUGGAGGAGAGAGUAACAUUACUGCCAUUGCUUCAUUAGGCAUUAGCACUGAUUCCUGUGAUGUCACUGGUGUACAAAUUGAUUUUCCUAAUGAAUUUAUUGACUUUCCUGGUAUGGAGAGGAUAGCUAAUUGUAGGGUAAUGCUGUGCAAUGGAUCGCUCAUUGAGAAAGCUUUUAAUAGUCAAACCGGUGAUCCUCUCUAUGGCAAUGAAUUUGUAAGCAUUGGCAUAAGUGAUUCUAAUGCAGCCAUUGUGAUGAAUAAUACUAGUAUAAUAAAACUAGUUGGAACAGCAGUAGAACCUGUAUCAGUAUACUGCACCAGUGGAAAUUUUAGGAACACAGUGUCUGUGAUAUUCAAUACACUACCAAAUGAAGGAGAGGUUGACCUUGGUACCAAUGAUGGCCUUCCUUUUACAACCACUGAUGAGUCUGAAGUAAUGAUACCAGUCACCAUAGGAGCUGGUGUUUAUAAGAUUGGUGCUGUAGAGAUUAACAUACAAUAUGAUCCAGAGACUGCUCUCUUCCUCACUGCAAGCCAAGGCAUGGAUUGGUCCAAUGGGUCUCUUUCUGUUGCUGAAGUGAGCACCAACAGCCUAAGACUUGGAGGUGUCUUGAACAAUGGUGUACGAGACUCCACACUACAUCUUGCUAAUGUGUACUUUAAAAUGCUAGAGGGUGCGAGCAAUAAUGUAACUAUACUCAGAGCAACACCAGUGCUAUUGGCUGUAGGUAAUCUCUCCCUGACUAAUGUCACUCCAGGCAAUCCCCAGGCAAACACACUCUCAGUUACUCUACCUAACAGCAGGAGCAGACGUGAUUUAAGGAGAGCCAAGCGCCAAGUAAGUACCUCUUGCCCUCCAUAUCCAGUGGGCGACAUUAACGCCGACUGUUGUGUCGAUCAGAGAGAUGUCUAUUACUUUCAAGAGUACAAUCUAGCCAGUAUUCACAACUUCACUGGCUCAGAGGAAGCCAGCUUGAUCAAUCAGACUAUAGAAGACAAUGGCAUUGUGGUUGAUGUGGAUGGAGACGGUUUUGUGACUCUUGACGAUAUUGUCACAGUAGAGCAAGUCAGUAGUGGGCUUGUGUACAAUAUGUCUGCCUCUUAUGACCUUUCCUGUGAUUGUAGCUUUGUUAUAAACAUCAGUAUAUCCACUGUUAAUGGAUUGCAAGUCGAGACAGAGAGUUUACACGUAUUUGUACACUUGGCACACAAUCAGAGUCAGUUUAUUGAACAAGUGAAUGAUAUCCAGUUCUCUUAUGGCAGUCUUCAUCAAGUCUUUGAGGAUAAUAAUGGUCUGUAUACGGCCGUCCUUCGUGCUAAUCUGAGCACUUCUGGUGAUACAACUGCACUCUAUCAAGUUAGAGGAGUCUCAAGCUUCUCCGUGCCUGAUGUAGGAUUGUCAUUCAUUCAAGCAGUGGCUGACAACAAUGGGGAGAUAAGUAAAUCGAGAGUAUCAGGUUUAUUUGGAAGCACUCCUCUUUCUGGAGAUAGGGAAGGCCCAUUCAUCAUUGAUAUCAAUGCUACAGACAGUCAAAUCAUAUCACUGACAUUGGAUGACCUAAUGCCUCAUAUUAUAAUAAAUCCAACUUGUAUUAAUAUUCCUCCUACUACAUUGCCUUCUUUACCAUUGCUGCUACAAGUCAAUAGAGACGAGUACUUUGUUGGUAAUGUAACACAACUUAAUCAAACAUAUUAUGAAGGUAGAGUGUUGAUUCUUAGCAACAAUGGGUCAUCAAUGGGUGGAUCUGUCACUGCUAGUGUUGAGUCUCUUCAAACAUCUCUUUCAGUCUCUCGUUCACUCUCUCAAGUUAAUUCUCUCCGUCAUCCAAUAGCUUCAUUUGAUGAGUAUUCUAAAAUAUUGACUACCACAAUACAAGCCUUUAAUAAUAUUGACUAUGCAUUCAAUAUACAAUCAAGUACCAUCAAUAUCAGUAUAGUGACUCAAUCUAAUGAUGCUAUUGCUAACACUCUGUGCAUCCCUAACAGUGAGUCUGGUGUAUGUCAAAGCUCCUUUAAUCUUAGUUCUUAUGAUUUCAGUCAGUUGACAGUGACAUUCAGUUUAAUAGGUAAUGAAGGUAACGUUGUAGAGUCAUCAAUGGUAACUGUUAAUGUUAGUUCUAAGCUGUCGUUUCAAGGAGACGGUGUGAGUAUCCUUCUUCCUUCCUAUACUCUUAAGCCAGGGUCAUCCUUUGACAUUGAAGUAUACUCAAACACGACAUAUCCACUCAUCUCUUUCCUUUUCAACUUUACCCUCUCUGCAAGGAUCAGUCUCACAAGCACUCACUCUCCUGACAAACUGUGGGGCGUGUACUGUACACAGAGUUUAUCGUGUGUUGGUUAUAGAACAAACUUUCAGAGUCUGUCGGUAUCUCAACUCUCUUCACCAGAGCACCUCUUCACUGCUAGCCUAUACAUACCUGAGGAUUAUACCGAGUCUAGUGUGAAGGUAUCUGCCAGUAUACGUGAAAUGAACAACCUGUUCUAUCAGCCAGUAUCUUUUACUGGUAUAAUGAUAGUCAAUGCUAGUGGUAGUGGGCAUCUCAAUGAAGCUACUGUUAGCAUAGAUCCUAGUAAUGACCUCAUUGCUUUGUAUGCUCAUGCUCCACAGACUGAGCUUGUGAACACAGCAGUGCUGAAUGAAGGGUUGGUCACUAUCCCUAUCAGCGUAUCAGGACUAUAUGAGAAUAAUACUAUAGCUAGUAUAUCAGGAUAUUCUUGUCAGCUCAGUGAUAGUGAAGUCUCUCUUCAUAUUAAUAGUGAUUGUAGUGCAGUAUUUGUGAAUGGAUCAGAAACUAAAGGAGCCGACAAUGUCAUACUGACCAUAACACUGGAAUCUGUUACUACUAGUAUAGGCUUUAAGGUCUGGUUUCCAAGUUUACCUGCUCAACUCCAGUUAGGUAGUAAUGUAUUAAAAGCUAUAGAUGGGGCAAUAGAUGCUACCUCUUGUGGUGCUCAGCUCUACCAAUCAACUACAAUAACAGCAAUCUCAAACCUCACCACUGGAACAGAAUCUCUGAUAAACGUUGAUUUAUCUCAAUACGUAUUGAAUAGAAUCAGAUUCACACCAGCUGGAUCAAUAGAGCUAAACGAAACCAGUAGAAUGAUACAAGGUAUCAGUCCAGCAACAGUUACAUUAUACCCUACACUCAAUGGCUUAUUUGAUAAUGUUACAUUUCAAGUGUCUCAGGAAAGAGUGUCGAUUCAUUACCUUUACACUAUAAUACUGAGUAGUAUUAGUCUCAGGGUGAGCGAUGACAGUAGCAGUAGUGGAGAGUACAAUUUCUAUCUCUCGUUAUCAUCUUCUUUUCAAUAUGUUAAUGAUACUGGUGUCUCAGUCACGCUAGCUGUCUUCAGUGAUGGCUCUACAAUGCCUGUUACUGAUCUUGUAUCAGUUAGUUCUUCUAAUAAAGAUAUACUCUAUUCUACUGAUAAUGAAUUGUUCACAGCAGUCUCUAAUGGAAGUACUACCAUCAGUACUGAAUGGUAUAAUCCAAGCCCAGCUAAUUGUACCCCAACCGUCUCAUGUUUAAGGACUAGUUAUGAUGACGUCUCUCUCUCACUGUCUCUGCCUACUGAGCUCAUAGUGAUGGCAUCAAGUGUUCAAUUGACUGCUUGUGAGGCCAUUGCUCAGCUAUUACCAUCAAUACCACUUCAAGUUGAGUUAUAUGCAUUAUUAGUGUAUCCUAAUGGUGAUGAAGUGAACGUCACAGAAUACGUUAGCAUCAAUGAUACAGUAAGAGGAGGAGAUGAUGAUAGUGUUAUUGCAUUGAAUGCAAAUACACUAAAUAAUCAAUCAACGACACUGCUCUUUAGCUAUACAGGAUCUGGUGUUACUUUAAUGAAAACUAUAAGCAUUGAAGUAGUUAGCAUCAAUACUUUUGCUAGUAAUCUCUCUCUGCUCUCAGUUCCAGGCAAUAAUCCUAUCACUACAUUCAAUAGUAUAGAAGGAACAAAUAUCUAUCAGCAAGCUCAACUAGUAGGUAACAUUGCAUUCAGUAAUGGCAUGGUAAUGUCUUUAUCAAACCUCCCUUCUUCAAUGUAUAGUAUUAAUCAAUCUUCUGAUGCUAUCUCUAUCAAUAACAUGUCAGUAAUAAUACAAUCUCCACCUAACACUCAAACUAAUGUCACUAUUAACUUGAUGCUAAUAGGAUGUAAUGAUGUAGUUGCAUCAAUUGAAGUGACUAUUAAUCCACCCACUGAUAAUAAUAAUGUUAUAAGUGUGAACAGUGUUAGUAUUACCACACCACUGAUUGGUAGGGAAGGAGAUGCAGUAGAAUUAGACGUUUCCUUAAACCUGAAUGGAGGAGUUAUAUAUUCACUGAGAGACUUUGCUUCUAAUGCAAGAGCAAAUAUAACAGAUAUAGUAUCAUUCACAACCACUGCCAAUGAGUACAUUAGAAUUACCCCAUCCACAGCUACAUGCAUACUUUACAGACAAUCAAGCUGCUCUAAUGUUACUAUUACAAUCGCAAUCACCAGUGGUACCUUUAGUAAUGAUGUUAGUGCAUCAGUAGUGAUUCUACCUGGAUCACUAGAGAUAGGAUUGAAAGGACCAGUUAGUACCAUUAACACUAAUAGACUCAUCUCUCUACCACUGUCCCUCAAUACUCAUACUUACACUGUCAGUGGGAUUGAAGGAUCACUGAUGUAUAACAGUAGCCUCUUACAAGUAGUUAAUGUAACUGUGGAGGAUACACAAUGGCCUGGAGGUGUCAUGUUUUACAAUACAGAGUCAAUCAAUGAUAGAUCGGUACUGAUAUUCAGUGGAUUAGCAUUCAAUGGCGGAGUAACUGGUGACAAUGUACACUUCGCUAAUGUUAACCUCAUGACUAAAAGUGAGGGAAGCACUGAAUUAUAUGCUUAUUUGACUAAUCUCAUACAAUACGAGUCAAACAGCAUCCCUAUUAAUGAGUUGGUUAGUACAAGCAGUCGCAUUACACUAUCAAUCUCUGAUAAUGAUGUGUGUAAUGAACCUAAUUAUCAAUCCAACCCUCUACCAAUCACUUCAAACUGCUCCUCUAAUACUUUACAACUAGCAAGUGGUGAGUCCUCCAUUACUUGUCCUGUUAGUCUCAAUACUACCACAGAGACUCUGUAUAGUCUGCUCCAGACUAGUGGAGAUAGUUCUGUGGAUGUGAAUUUGAAUGGAGUCAGUGACUUGCUCGAUCCACUGUAUGUCACACAAGUCUCUACUGGUCUUCUUUAUCUCCUCAAUACAUACCCUGUACUGGCUAAUUCCACUCGUGAUGCUAAUGGUAAUUAUUGUAACGUGACCAUCUCCUCUAAACUGAUUGGAAGAGACGGCCGUCCACCGACUGACUCGUCUCUUUAUUAUCUUCUCAAUAUACAAAGUAGCUACUCAUUUGAUCAGUUGUUCAAUGCUAGUCUCAUAUCUAGCAAUGAUAGCAAUGUGCUGCUCAUUCCUAGCACAUAUGAUGAGGAGACUGGUGAGUUUACUUCAUCAUUGAGCACAAUGUUAACAGAAAUACCAGGAGGAACAGUAUCAGUCUCACUUAUACAGUCAACGCAAGUGGACGGCAGUGAGUAUUCACCAGCUAGAGUGUUACUAAUGAAUAAAAGAGAUGGAACAACGAUGAUUCAAGAAUCACUUAGUAUAAAUACAGCUGAUAUUAUUGUACGUCAGAAUCCUCCUUAUGCUCCACUGGUAACCUUUAAUGAUGACAUAAUAUGCCCACCAUUGCCUCUACCUCCUACUCUUUUUGAGGUCUUCUUUGACGUUGAGCCCAGUAGUAGAUCAUUUAGUUUUAGAAUAGAGGAAAGCAGUGACUUUGGUAGCAUAUUCCUAUAUAAUUGUAGUUUAAUAGAGAAUGUCACCUGUCUAAUGAGUUUUAGGAAUCACACUAAUUUCAAUGUCUCUGACUCAUUUAACAUUAGUGGAACCAGAUACAUCAAUGUGACUGUUGCUGGUUUAAAGCCAUAUACUAACUAUACAUUCUACUUACUCAAUACUAACAACCAAACAAUCACUCUCAAUGAGACCAUAACAACAGCUGAAGCUCAACCUGAAGGAUUUAAUAGUCUCAUGGUUCUGGAUAGAGGUCCUACUAGUAUUACAAUAAAAUGGGAAUUACCAACUGAACCCAAUGGACUCCUAGAACGUACUGAAGUAUUAACUAAUUCAAUGACUGAAGGAGCAAGAAGGAAAAGAGAAUUAAGUGGUCUUAAAAUGUUACUAGUUGAAGAAACACAAUACAUAAUCACUAAUUUAAGCAUUGCUACAGUAUACAAUAUUACUGUCAGAAUUUCUAACAGUGUUGAUAGUGUAUCACAAACCAUCUCAGCUAAUACAACAUUUCCUGAAGCUAAUUUUUCAACAUCUGUGGUGCAGCAGAUGGAUGGUUGUGUUAACUUAACUACUGAGUGGAUAUAUGAUCCAGUGGAAUAUGAUAUUAGUCUACAUUGUACAGCUGAUGGUAUGACCUCAAAUACAGUUAAUACCAGUUUACUAGAUAAUGGCAUUAAUGAUAUUGUAAUAUGUUCUGACGGUGUUGAAAAUGGUACUGGUCUCAAUACAACAUUUGAAUGUAUGGAUUCAUAUACAGUGACAUUCACUUUUAUGAGGAAUGGCUUCAAUACAUUAUCAGAAACCACAGUACAAAAUAUUUCUAUAUUUGCUUCAACAGUUACAUCUACAGUCAUUACUCCAGUGUCUAGUAGUAGUGAAAUGUCAUCAUCAAUGGAGAUGAGUCUUCUAACAUCUUCAAUGUUCCCUUCUGCUAGCACUUUUUCCUCUACACUCAGUACAUCUUUUUCUUUAUUAUCAUCUUCAACAUUGAUAGAAACAUCCACACCCUUAUCUUCUAUCUCAUCAUUAUCAUCCUCUCCUUCUCCUUCCACUUCAUCUUCAAUGUCUUCUGUUGUGGACAUGGCAGCAACGAGUACUGCUGCAUCUCCUUCAACCUCAACCAUGUCUCCAUCUACAGACAUCACCUCAUUUUCAAUAGUAACUACAACAUCACCAACCAUGCCUCCAUUUAUAGGCACCACCUCAUUUUCAAUGGUAACUACAACAUCAUUAACCUCUAUGACCUCUUCUGUGCAGACAUCAUCUAGUUCAUCAAAUACACCUGGAGCAACUGGCCCUGGAUCUGCACAAACUGGUAUAGCAGUAGGUGUUGUGUUAAGUAUUAUAAUUCUACUGGUCAUUGUACUGAUUGUUGUUAUUCUACUGGUGAUGCGUCAUAGGACUAAGAAGAGAGGAACAAUGGACUUCUAUCGUCCUGGCUCACGUACUUCCAAAGACUACUGGUUUGAAGUAGAAGAGACUGUGGAGAUGAGUCCUAUUGAUAUAGUGCCAGUGGAUCAUCAGCCUUAUGAUGAUCACUAUCUUGAUGAGACUGUGAUGAGUUCUGGUAUCAUUGAGAAUAAAGGAGUCUAUGAAGAUGAGACUAUCAGUCACGAGGCUACUCUGUCAUCAAGAGCUCUCGUGAAUCACAUUAAACCUCAGCCACGCCAAGGAAGGACAGUAACAUUCAACAGUGCUGAUCCAUCGUCAUUUACUGAACCAACCAGACCAAGCUAUGAUGAUGUCGUUGAAGACAAUGAGAGUCUCAUUGACCUCAACUUCAGCGAAGACGCCAUAUCACAACCUUACCUCUCCCUUGGGCUCACCCCCCUCUCUCAGCUAUCACCUGAUCCACUGACCAGCUCAGGGAAUCCUGAUCUUGGGUUCUUCCCGUCAAUGUUACCUCCAGUGUCUCCAAUGACAUCCCUUAAGACUGGUACUGGCAUAUCAGUAGACAGCCCAGACACUAGUGGACUCGAUAGUCUAGUGAUGCCUGAUGCCAUGCUUAAUUACUCUGUACCUUUGAAUGAUGUGAAGAGACGACCAAGAAACAGACAAGACCCUAAGGAGUUAUUGUUGAACGGUAACGUUCCCAAUAGUCGCACAUUAGAGCCACUCAUUGAGCGAAGAUCACUUGAAGUUGAUGAAUUCAGUUCUGGAGCUAGUGACUUUAUGUUAACCAAAGGUCUCUCGAGCAACGACUCAUUGAGAGCACAAGAGAACGUGCUCAAUCUAAUGGGCAACAGUAUCACUGCACCUACUGGGUCAAGCGAAGAGAGUCAAGAAGAUGACACUUGCAUAUUCCCUUCGGCUCAUAUAGAGCCAUCGCCACCUUUGAAGCCAAAGAAAGCCAAAGCAGCAGCACCGAGAUCAGGAAGAGACGCAAUUAAUGAGUAUUUUGGUGGUCUUGAGCUAGGAGGAGGACCCACUGAAAUGAGUAAUUACAGGAACACUACUGCUAGUACUAAGCCUCAACCUUCGUCAUACACUUCACCAGUACAUCAAGUGGCCACUUCAUCGUUCAUGGACUCUUUGAUGGAUGAGCCUAAGCAAAGGAGACAAUUGGCCAGAGAGAAAGCAAAGGCCGAACAGAAAGCGCUACUAAUGAAGCAAAGAGAAGAAGAGGAGUUGCAAAAGCAAGCAAAAUCACGCAGCAUACACGAUAGCAUUGUCAAGAGCUAUUCGACGUUCUCUGACUCACCAACCAAGCAGCCGUCGCCUUCUCUUGGGAUUGUCCUACAGAAAGCAGCUCACAUUGAAGCAGCUGCUGAACUUUUAGAGGAAGAGUCUAAGAAAGUAAAGAACUCGCAGCAAUCUCAAGAUUCCAUAGGAACUGGGAUUGAUCGACCAAGAUACCCAUCAGUGGUGUUCUCACCUCAACACAGAUACAGUAGUCGCCCACGGCAAGCAAGCACUGACUCUGUUGACAUGAAAGUAACUGAUGACCAAAUCACUGCCUUAUAGAGAAAACAUGAUAAUUAUUAUUGUUUAUUUUUACUAUUGUUUAUUAUUAUUAUUAUUAUUUAAUGAUGUUAAUGAUUAUUAU